GACAUGCAUAUCAUGGCCCUCGGCGCAUAAGACCCCUUGCCAACACACCUCAGCGCACGUCACCCAGCCCCUCCUCCUACAUUCAAGCGACGAUAUGCCGGUAGCUGAGCCUUCUUUCAGCAAUACACAUCUUGACGUCCUUACCGGACGUCAACUUGACUUGAGCGUCCCUAGCAGCCAUGGGCAUAUCGUUGUAUUUGCGUAUGAAGCCUGGGGUCAUGCACGUCCACUCUGCAACUUGGCGGCUAGGCUAGUGCAAUCGAGAAACAUCAUAGUGACAUUCUUCACCACCCCAGCUUUCUACGAUCGUGUCAUGUCAGAGCUACUCCGCAACUUCGACGCGGAUGGGCUUGGUCUCGAUCGCAUCAGAGUUAUCACGUUAAUCCAUACGGGGAUGCAUUCGCUUGACAACACAGUAUUGAAUGAUUCCUUCGCACAGGCAUUCGACAAGCUCGCUGAGGGCGACCCAGUGCAGUGCGUCCACACCGGUGUCACGCACGAACCCGUCUCUCCCCCGAAGGCCGUCAUAAUCGACUUUUUCGGACUGCCACUUCUGCAAGCCGUGCGCCGUUUGAGCGGAGUGGGAGAGCCCAUAAAGGUCUUCGUGUGGUUCGCCGGAGCGGCCGCUGUCGUUUUCCGGCUUUGUGCGCCAGAGCGGCUCGGGGGCAUAGGCAAUCUUCGUGCCAAGAGUGAGGAAGAAGCGAUCCGCAAACACGUUCGGGUAGAACAAGCCGCAGGAGACAUCGCACUCGGGAACGAUGGUGCGGUAGUACGAAUUCCGGGGCUUCCGGCAAUAUAUGACUACGAGAUUGAACCGCAGAAAAUACUUGGUGGCAGAGCACUGACCGGUGCUAUGUGCCUUGCAGCAUACGAAGUGUUCGAGACCUGCGAUGGUAUAAUCCUAGCAAGUCCAGAAAGUUACGAGCCGGAAACCACAGCUGCUCUACGACAGUGGAUGGCGGGGACCUCGCGUCCGGUGUACUGUGCAGGUCCUAUGAUUGCACAGGGCACGCAUGCAGACAGCGUUGAGAAGGGACAGUCGGAAAGCAUCGCUGAGGUCGACGAUUUCCUUGAGUCGACUAUGAAACACAACGGUAAACGGUCUUUGCUAUAUAUAUCAUUUGGGACGGUGUAUUGGUCGAUGGAACCGAAGAAGAUUUGGACCUUUCUGGAUGUCGUUCUCGAACUCCGAAUCCCAUUUAUCAUGAGCCAUUCGUCACGCUGGGCGACCGUACCAGAGGAGGUGGCCGACAAGGUCAGCCGCUCUGGAAACGGUCUCCUCGUUCGGUACUCACCACAGCAGCAUAUCCUGAAUCAUCCGGCAACCGGAUGGUUCUUGACUCACGGUGGCCAUAACAGCAUCAUUGAAGCCAUAUGUGCCGGCGUGCCUAUGAUCUGCUGGCCAUUCUCUUUUGAUCAACCCUUGAAUGCGAUCCACUUGACAGAGAACUUAAACGUCGCAUACGAGAUAUUCCAGGGUCGCACGGGACCGGGUUUAAAGCCGAUCCACCGCCUCGGAAAGGCUCCGGAGGGCACCCUCGAUUCCGUGAAAGAAGAGGCACGGGAGAUUCUACUCAACGCUUUCGGCGAGGACGGUAUACGCAAGCGAGAGAAUGUACAAGCUCUGCGACAGCGGACACUCGAUGCUCGUUCCAAGCGAGGCACCUCUACCCACGAUAUUCAUGUAUUCCUGGACACGCUGUGACACUAAUAGAGCAGGCUUACAACGGAUACCGAAGAAGUAGGAGGGACAGGCUGCGUGGUUGUCACUAGCCGGAUACAUCCGGACUUCUAUCCAACGGCUACUGUGUGCCCUACAUUCUACGAAGCUGGUUGUAGCCAAUCCCUCUACGCCUGGUGACAGGAAACUUCAUAUUCGUGGUCACGAG